AUGAGGGAUGACGGCAUCACCGGUGCAGCUGAGGGCCCCCCACCGCAGGCCAGAAAGCAGGAGCCCUGGGGCGGCGAGAGGGUCCUGGCAGCGAGGGUGGGGGGCGCGCCCCUGCCUCCAGGCUGUGUCCCCGCCGGCUUCCGCAUCUGCUCGGGCGGCCCCCUCUGCGGAGGGAGGGAGGGAGGAGGGGGAGCCCGGCCGGCAAAGCCCCUAAAGGCUAAGCCCUGUGGCCCCACGAAGGCGAGCCCAGGGCCAGAGCCCCCGAACCACAGCCGGCUCAGUUCGGGGAAGCUGCUGGAGCUCGGCGUGGGGGAUGGCAGCAAGCUGACUCUCGUGCCCACCGUGGAGGCGGGCCUCAUGUCUCAGGCCUCGAGGCCCGAACAGUCUGUGAUGCAGGCCCUGGAGAGCUUGACGGAGACCCAGCCCCCAGCGGCGCCCGGGCCGGGCCGGGCUGGCGGAGGCGGCUUCCGGAAAUACCGAUUCAUUUUAUUUAAGCAUCCGUGGCACCGACAGGGACCCCAGAGCCCAGAGAGGGGCGGCGAGAGGCCCCAGGUCAGUGACUUCCUGUCGGGCCGUUCACCGCUGACCUUGGCUCUUCGAGUGGGCGACCACAUGAUGUUCGUCCAACUUCAGCUCGCGGCCCAGCACGCCCCACUGCAGCACCGCCAUGUGCUAGCCGCAGCCGCUGCCGCCGCAGCCCGCGGGGACGCCAGCAUGACCACCCCCACGUCCUCUCCCUGCCGGCCAAUGUCCAGUGCCGCCCGCAUCCCCCCAGUGCCCGCCAGCCCUGCCCCCGCGUCCCCCUCGCCCGUCACCGCCGGCUCCUUCCGAUCCCACUCGGCUUCCAGCACCUGCCCUGAGCAGAUGGACUGCUCGCCCGCUGCCAGCACGGGGGCCAGCCCCGCGUCCACCCCCGUGGGCAGCCCCGCGUCCCGCUCCCGCAAGCCCGGCGCCGUCAUCGAGAGCUUCGUGAACCACGCCCCCGGGGUCUUCUCAGGGACCUUCUCCGGCACGCUGCACCCCAACUGCCAGGACAGUAGCGGGCGGCCGCGGCGCGACAUCGGCACCAUCCUGCAGAUCCUCAAUGACCUCCUCAGCGCCACGCGGCACUACCAGGGCGUGCCCCCGUCCCUGACCCAGCUGCGCUGCCACGCUCAGUGCGCCCCUGCCUCGCCCGCCCCGGACCUCACCCCUAAAACUACCUCCUGUGAGAAGCUGGCGGCCGCCGCCUCCCUGAGCCAGGCCCGCGCGGGCAAGCCCCCGGGGGACCGGCUGCGGCAGACGGAAAACCGCGCCACCCGCUGCAAGGUGGAGCGCCUGCAGCUGCUGCUUCAGCAGAAACGGCUCCGCAGGAAGGCUCGGCGUGACGCCCGCGGCCCCUACCACUGGGCGCCCAGCCGCAAGGCCGGCCGCAGCGACAGCAGCAGUGGCGGCGGCGGCGGCGGCCCCAGCGAGGCCGCGGGCUUGGGCCUCGACUUCGAGGACUCCGUCUGGAAGCCAGAAGUCAACCCCGACAUCAAGUCAGAGUUCGUGGUGGCCUAGGAACCGUGUCCCUCUCCCCGGUCCAGGGUGGCCGCGAGCAUCGCCCGGCGUAGGCGGGCAGGAGGCUAGGCGGUGGGGGGGCGCCACAGGAGGCCUCCCCCUCCCCAUCCGGGGUCCUUUUGGGUUUUUUAAAUUUCAUUUCUCACCAUGGUUUUCCAAACUCUCCGUGGCCUUGCGUUCCUGCCUCCUCGGUUCAGCUCCCACCU